UCUUCUUUUGAGUUUUCGGUUCUUGCCUUGUUUGUUUUUUGAAAUUUGAAGUGUAAAAACUGAUAAUCUUUUUGGCAUUACUGCUUUACUGGUGUAUCUAUAGUGCAGGGAUGCUGCAUUCUGGGAAUCCAGAUUAGACUGCGCAAUAUUAGUGUUUGGCCAGGUGCGCCCCCGUUUACUGAUUACUUGUUGCCUGAUUAUUGCUCAGAUUACUUUUGAUCUCAUUGAUUAGCAUAUUACAAAUUGAUUCCGACUUGCCAAAAAGUUCACAGAUCCUUGUGGCUGUCUUUAACAAUUUGGGGUAUACUCGUCAUGUAUUACGGCCGUCGUAUCGCAGGGAACCCUGCGCGCUGGCUACCCAGCUGCUGGUGCUGUUUACAGUACACCCAGUUCUGUGCUUAAUUUUUAACCUGAUUUAAUGCCCCACUACGAUUAAUACUGCUGGGCAGCCUUCCAUGAAUUCCGGAGGGACGCAUGUUUCGGUGCCACCCUAUCUAAAUUCGACACUGUGACAGUGGGGGGAUCAACAAAAAGACUGUAUAAUCUGAAUGAAGUAGCACCACGGAGUCUGGCGAAGGAAAAAAAGCAAGCCUUUUAUCGGAGGCAUUUUAUGAUGCUGUACCGAUAAAACGACUAAAUGCUUGAAGUCAAAAAGUAAAUUUGUGAAGCGUAGUGUUGCAGUGUUGAUCUUUUCAUUAGCGAAUUUGGGCAAGCGUCAGCAAUGGCAGUAGCAUUAGCAAUAGCAGUCCUCACGGCUAUGGUCAAACGCACUGCAGCCCGGUUACUUGGCUGCCCAACUCCAGUGCUGGAAAAUGCAAUAGCAAUAGCAGUAUCGUGCAUUGCAACUAUUGCAUAAAUUAUAAUAUUGAAAACUGCCCAGCGUCUACUUUGGCAGUGAAGUCAAAACAACAAAUUGCGCAUAAAAUUUAUACUUUUCAAACUUGUGGACUUGAAAAUACGCUUCAGUAUUAGUAGUGUUUUACUCUUCAUCUGAGCCUUCUGAUUCCGUAAUUUUGUAUCCUCUCAUUCCUCUGCACCAUGCCAAAUGCCCGCCAAAUUGGAGACCUUCCUCAAGCCCGUCGCAUCUUCCACGCCAAACAAGAUCUCUUACUACUGGACGAAGUUAACAACGAAAAUCCCUUUUUUGCUGAAAACGAAGGAGCGGUGUGGGUUGAGAUCGUGGAAACGCUGAACAAAGUGCCCAUUUUUCCAAGUCCCUUGGAUGUUCGCGCAUGUAAGAAGCGUUUGGAUUUGUUGGUUAUUGAAUUUCGGAAAGAAAAUUGGCGGCAAGUUGUUAAAUCCGGUUCGGAAGAAGAAUACGGGACCAUUCAAGAACUGUUGACAAAAAUAGUUCAGGCCAUCGACAGUGCACAAGAGAAAACCCGCGAAAAGGCACAGAAGAAAGCAGAAGAGAAAAAGCGGAAAGAAGCUGCGCUAAAAAUGGUGGACGCAGAAAUCGCCAAAGAAAGUGACUCCACGUUUGCGGGCAACGGUAACAGCGACAGAGCAUUGCCUACGGAUGAAGAACUAGUAAAAAUUGGCGCCAUGGAUCCCUCCGAGCUGGCACGACACUCAGAUGACGGCUGGGAAAGCGACAGCGAAGGAGGAAAACGAGCGGCGACAAAAAAACUGAAGCGAGGGCGAAUUGAUGAGUCGGACAGUUUGGUGCAGUAUUUGAAAGCCAGCGAUGUGGAGAAGCAGAAGAUCCGUGAAAUAGAGUUGAAAAAUGAACGAGAUCUGAAGGAACUUGAACUGCUGAAUCAAAAAGAGCUGAAGGAAAAGGAAAUCGAUAACAACUUUAAGUUACGUCAACAGGAACUUGAAUUGGAGCGAUAUCGUAUUGAACUGGAGGGAAACGAUGGGAUGCGGAUAAAGAGGCGAAAUUGGCUGAGAGUAAAAAAUUUGAUUUAAUUCUUCUUUCGCUGCAAAAAUCACUUGAAAAGUAGUCUACGCAAUAAUUGG